AUGGCUAGCAAACAUGUGAUGCUCUCCUAUCAAUGGGACGAUCAGAAGCUAGUAACUGAUGUCUACAACUAUCUUACAGAAAACAUGCAUAUGAAAGUUUGGAUGGAUAUUAAUGGCGGUAUGAAAGCAAAUGUUUAUGAAUGCAUGGCCGAAGGUGUACAAGGGGCUGAGGUGAUUGUUUGUUUUCUCACAGCCAAAUAUCAAGCUUCAACUAAUUGUCAACAAGAACUACAGUUCGCUCGCGAUUCAAAAGUUUCCAUCGUUCUUUGUCGAGUUCAAAGUUCAUGGAAACCUUCCGAUUGGCUAGGUAGUAGCAGCAUUCUCUCUAUUCAGCAGUCCUUACACAUGGAUCGCGAACUCAGUCGAGUUCGCAUUAGAGUUGUAGAGUUUAUUCAUUUCCAAUUUUUGUGUAAAGAUAAUGAGUCAAGUAGUGAUUCUCAGGAUAUUCAAAGUUAG